AUGCAAUUUAAAGAAUCCGGUGCAUUAGACUUGUCAGGAAAUCAGUUUUCUGGUUCAGUGCCACCAUGCAUAGGGAAUGUUACGAGUUUGAGAAAUCUUUAUCUAGAUUACAACAGGCUGGAUUCUAGAUUACCUGCAAGUAUUGGGGGCCUUCACGAUCUCAUAGAAUUCAAUAUUUCAUCCAAUUUAUUGAGUGGGACAAUUCGCCAGGAGAUUGGAAAUUUAAAGGCUGUAACUCUAGUUGAUCUGUCAAAAAAUAAUUUUUCUGGUAAGAUUCCAAGCAUUCUAGGGGAUCUAGAUAAAUUGAUUAAUCUUUCUAUGGCACAUAAUAGAUUAGAUGGGCCUAUUCCAUAUUCAUUUGGCAAACUGGUGGCAUUGGAAUUCUUGGAUUUGUGCUAUAACAAUCUUGGCGGUGAAAUUCCAAAGUUAUUAGAAGCUCUUGUGUAUCUCAAAUACCUGAACUUCUCAUUCAAUAACCUUAAAGGAGAGAUUCCCAUUGGCGGUCCUUUUGCAAAUGUCACUAGUCAAUCUUUCCUGUCUAAUGAUGCACUCUGUGGGACUGGAUCAUUCCUUACAUUGGCCGUUGGAUAUAUGGUGUUAAGAUUGAGAAAGAGAAAGAAGAAUGCAGGUCAAGCAGAUGUAUCUCUGGCAAAUGGGCAUGAAAGAAUAUCCUAUUAUGAACUUGAACAGGCAACAGAAGGCUUCAAUGAAAGCAACUUGCUUGGGAAAGGGAGUUUCAGCAUUGUCUACAAAGGGAUACUUAAGGAUGGUACCUUUUUCGCAGCAAAGGUAUUUAAUGUUCAGCAGGAGGGUGCAUUCAAAAGCUUUGACACAGAAUGUGAGAUACUUCGCAACCUUCGCCACAGAAAUCUGACCAAAAUCAUAACGAGCUGCUCCAACCUGGAUUUCAAGGCCCUAGUGUUGGAAUACAUGCCCAAUGGGACACUUUAUAGAUGGUUAUACUCUCACAACUUGUUCUUGAAUUUAUUGCAGAGAUUAGAUAUAAUGAUAGAUGUUGCAUCUGCAAUGAACUAUCUCCACAAUGGCUAUUCAACACCUGUGGUGCAUUGUGACUUGGACCCUCCAAGCUCGUUAAUUCCCAAAUGA